AUGCUAUAUCCUGCUCAGCUCCUGACUAGCACUGGCGCUGUAUUCAUAUGACGCGCUACGGCGCAACGCAGCGCAUUCAUAGCUUCUCAGACGAAGACUCGCAGGACGAGUCUACAUAUCCUACAGGACAAGCUGAACUGAGACGUCUGCUAGAUGGACCGACACCGCAAGCUAGCGUCAUUUUGCGCGAUGGACGACGUGUCCGGCGCUCCAUCACACUGUCUUCCCUUCGAGAGAGGUCAGAGAAUCUCAGUGGUGAGGAAGAUCAGUCGUUGCUGCCUUCAAUCGACAAGAAACGGUCUCUCUUCACGCGAGCUUAUCAAGCUAUCCAAGUAACAACCGCUCGCUACAGCAGCAGAGAUCAUGUUGCACUCUUCAAAAGUCUUCUCGCGUACUUCCUCGCUUCCCUCGUUGUCUUUCUACCAAGACCAUUUGCGUUUCUAGGGACAACAGAUGGCAAGCAUUUCGUCGCCACCUGCUGCGUUUACUUCCAUCCAGCACGCUCACAAGGUGCUAUGCUCCAGGCGACUCUCUACGCACUCCUCGCGCUUGCCUGGUCAUUAAUUGUUUCUGCGGGCAGUAUGGCUACGGCUGUUGGUUUCAAUGCAAUUGGACAACGCAACGCAGGACACGUCGUUGUCUUGGUUGUGUGGAUCGUCGGUGGUGUUGGUGUGAUUGCGUACUGUAAGCAACGUAUUGGCGGUCCAUUGAUUGGCGUUGCAGCAUCCAUGGCCAGUGUCGUCCUCUUCUUCAAUGUCACGCGUGAAGGAUCCCUUCAACUCGGUCGAUUCAAUUUUGAAAAGCUGUGUGGCUAUCUGUAUCUGGUCUUGAUGGGUCUGGGGAUUAGUAUUCUUGUGAAUCGAUUGGUAAUGCCUGUCUCGGCAACACGGUUGUUGAAGAGAGAGAUGAUUCAAGCAACGGCGCACAUGUCACAGUUAUUGACACUGGUCACGCAGUCAUUCCUGAAAACAAGUGGCACCGAUACGGAAGAACUCCAAGCUGCAGCGACUCAGAAUGGUAAAACACUUGCUGUCCUUCAGGAACAGCUCGAUAUGGCACGGUAUGAGUUAUGUCUUGCUGGACGCGAACGUGAGUAUGCACUGUUGAUGGAUAUUGUCAAGAAAAUGACGCACGUUGCACAGCAUUUAUCAGGACUCUUGUCGAGUUGCGAAGUUCAAGCCAUGCUGUUGAGUGGUGAAGCAGACCCGGAAAGUGAUACAGGUUCAUUGACUGCCAGGGAAGUGGCAAGAACAUAUAUCCACCACCUUGGCCCACCCAUCAAGUCACUGGCUUUCACAACACGACAAGCACUGGCUGAGAUGCCUUUUGCUGAAGCAAAGUUUCAUGUUCGUUUGCCUGUGCAGCUCUUUGAGAAUCUCGAUGCAGCACUUGCGUUGUAUGAAGAGGCGAACAUCAAAGCACUCUCAACACUGUACAGUCAUCCAGUCUUUCACAACGCAACCGAUCUCAGCCAAGUGACGGAUCGUGAAGAGGUAGCAGCGUCGAUGGAGUACUUUUCGCACAACUUGCAAGCUUUUGUCAUGGAGACACAAGCACUCAUGCGUGUGUUGCAGGCACUGGAGAAAUACCAGGCGCAACCAACAAGAUCCUGGUAUUGGCUCUGCAUUUGGCGUCGCCAACAAAAAAAGCAAAAGUCGAAAUCAGCUGUUCCUGCAAGGCAGAAAUCAUGGCUCGAUCGGGUCAAGUAUAAUCUAUGGCGUGCGCUACGCGUCUUCAAAAACCCUAACAUCCGGUUUGGUCUGAAAGUGGGUGUUGGUGCAGCGCUUUUUGCUACACCAAGCAUGGUGGAUGCUUGGCGUGGUGUGUUUCUCGAGUAUCGCUUUGAAUGGGGUUUGUUGUCCUAUGUCAUCAUUACGAAUGCUUCAGUGGGUGGUACGUAUUCAGCUGCUCUAUGGCGUGUCACUGGCAGUGCUAUUGGAACACUCCUUGCUUGUUUCAUUUGGACGGCAGCGCCUGCUCGUGCGGGUAUUCUCACACCUGCUGGACUCGUCAUUGCAACACCUUGUCUCUGGAUGAUUCUUCAUCCUGCAAAGUACAACGUGCAACUAGGUCGCUUCAUCUUGCUCUCCUACAAUCUUUCUGCAUUGUAUGCAUUCACUCUCUCUCAGCAAUCAAAAGAUGGGCCAGAUCAAGAUGCCGAUGAAGGGGGUGUCAGGCCCAUCAUCACUCUCAUUGCAUUCCACCGCAUCGUCUCAGUCACAGCUGGUUGUAUCUGGGGUGCUCUGAUCAAUACCUACAUCUGGCCCAUCAAGGCUCGUGUUGCAUUGCGGCAGGGACUUAGUGCCUUGUGGCUCAAACUAGGCCACGCAUGGCGUCAAGAUCCCUUUGGGAAGCAACGCACGGCUAUCUCCGUUGAGGGCUUUCUCGCGAUUCGACAAGAUUUAGACAAUUUGCAUGGAUUACUGGCACAAUCACCCAAUGAACCAAGACUCCGCGGUCCCUUCCCCUCAACCGUGUAUGCACAACUCCUUGCCGGUACACGACAAAUUGCAGACUUAUCCUACGCAUUGACACGAUCGCUCCACGACGCAUCCCACGCUUCACACACUAAGGACGCACUACUUAUUCAAAAAACAAGUCAAGCACGAUAUGCCUUGGCAGAUGCUUUAUUUCUAGUGUUGUACUUGUUGGCAGGGAGUUUACAAGUCCGUGCACAAGUCCCCGGUUGUCAAAUCGAUGCUGCUGUUGCUGCUCGAGAACGCUAUCUUGCGCGUAUCAGUGAAGUGCGUGUUGAAGCGGCAUCCGCACGUGCAAAGGAAGGUGAAUCGGCACUUGAGUUGUUGGUGGAGCAGGAGCAUACAACAGGGGCAGAUGGUGCUUCAGAUGGGCUUGGUGCGAGUUUUCAUUAUGCCCUGAUGACAGGUGUGUUGCUGACAAAGCUGCGACGGUUAUCUGUAUUGCAGACACAGUUGUUCCAAGAAGGUGGCAUGGCUGGUGAUGAUCUUGAGGAUGCAGAUUUGGAGGAUGGUGGGCAUCGUGUUGCAUGAAGUUCAUUUUUUAUACAAAGGAAACAAAUAAUUUUCACUACAACACGCUGUC